CUGUAGUGUUCGUUGUGAGUAAAUAGGCAAAUUCAACCAAAGAUUUUUUGUCAUAAACAGUCCCAAGACGUAUCCUUGAAAUUAAUUUAAGAAAACCUUUACAAUGGAAGAAUCACCAAUCCCACCAAGAAUGCGACGUAGAUCGUGUUAUUCUCUAUGCCAAAGUGACUACGAAACGGCUGCAGAAGAUUCGGAUGGAAGUCUAUAUUAUUCGAUGUUUGAAGAUGAAGAGAAGGAAAAUGAUUCAGCCGAUAAGGAAAAUCAUCAAAUGACUCCGCGUAACGGCUUAUCGAGUCGCAAGACAUUGCUAGAACAAUGUCUACAAAAGAAUCUCAAUCACACUCCGCGUAAUGAAUUCAAUAAACGAAUUUCGUGCAACGUAAUUCCAAUCCUAUCGUCGUCGCCGACUAUGACAUUUCAUGGCGAAGUUGGAUUACAGGAGCCUGUUUUUGAAACAGAAAAUGAGGUCACGAAAAGAUCGAAAGACGAGGAUGCGUCCGGCAUGCCGACUUCUUCGUCGUCCACGGAUAAUGCCUCCGAAAUGUUUGAUUCUUUCAACAGAUCAACGCUAAACGAUGCAAAUGUUUCCGUUAGUACAGAAGUCGGCGAAGAAGACUUGAACAGAACAAUAAUUGGCGUAGCUACUAACGCUACAAAGGAUGAUCCCAUUGGAGAGGCGCAAGUUGGUGCAGUUGCUGUUACGUCAACUACGACAGCGUUCAUAAACUUGAAGACAACUGGUAUUCCAUGUGGACCGAAACGAUUCGGACCAGCUUCAAGUAAUCAAAAUGUUGGACUAUCAAAUCUUCCUGUUCCCAAAAAAAUAUCCAUUGCUGACCUGGCCAAUCCACCAGCAGCAACAACAACAAGAAACUCACACAUUCCAUCCUCCAAGAGAAUGUCACUAUUUUGUGGUCAUAGCACCGAGCACUAUGGAUAUUCGAAGCCGAAUGGCAAGUCUGGUAUUCCAAAAGUGUCACUGAUGUUAGCUAGAAACAAUUCAGUUUUGCCAUCAUCGUCGACGCAAUGCGUAUGCGAAUACUGUGACAAAAAAUUUGCCAAAAAGUCUAUUUUGGAUGUACAUCUUCUGGAUAAAUGUGAGAAAAUUCCGCCGGCUCGUCGUCGUCAGCUUUCGCGACAGCAAACCUACCCGAAUCAGAUUCCACAUUGACGACAUGCAUUUUUCGUUGUGUAAUUGUUUAAGAUUGCAAUUGGCGCUUUAAUAAUAAUUUGACGGAAAAUAAAAUGCAUGGAGUAGAAACCAAA